AUGCACUCGACUUGGCAGGCAAUGCACCUCGAGGCUUCUUCACCUUCCGUUCGAAAAGUGGCGCUGGAGGUCCACUUCCGCUCCAUUGUCUCGCCAAUCUAUAUCCAACACACCUUAGAUCGCAUCUAUUACACAAUGGGCAUCGGCAGCUAUUUCAAGGCCGGCAAGGCCACCAAGGCCUCUGUGCCGCCACCACCCCCGGCCCCGGCUGCUGCUUCACGACCCGAGAGACCAGAGCGAUUCCAGAGCACCGCAAUCAGCGAGAAACCCUUCAAUGCCAACGACAUGGAGCUGCAGGCUCCCAACCCCCGUUACAGCUCCCGUCCUGUCUCGGUUCGCUCCGGCCACUCCACGCCUUCCAACCAGAGCUCCUACAUGCUCGACGAGAUCAAGCACGAGGUCAUGGUCAAUUACCUCUACCAGCAGCAGUGCUCCCAGCUUUGGGUCAGUGAUGGCUCUGGCGAAAUCGAGGGUGUCCUUCUGCGUAAGUCGCGCGGACACUACAUGGCAUGCCCUCCCCAGCUCGUCCAUUCUCCGUUUGCCCAGGCCUGCUGCGCUCUGAACGUCCAGUGUGCCAUGACGGUCAACUCACGUGUCAUCAAGACGUUCCUCCAGUGGUCUCCCGACGCCGUCGACGUUCCCCUGAUGAACGGCCUUCGCGUCCAGAUUCUCCCCACCAUUGAGGAUCUGCCUCGCGCUCGCAAGUACCAAUUCGCUGCCUUUGUCGCCUCCGAGGGCCUCUUGGUCGUCUGGGAUGACGACGCGCUGCAUCUCCUGCCCCGCGCCAAGGCUAUCGAGUCGGAGCUCAUGGAGCUCGUCUGGAAAGCCGGCAACAGUGACGAGGAGGAAGAUGAGAAGCGCGCUGGUGGUGCCGUCGCCGAGGCCGAAAUCGACGAGGAAAGUGGCGAGGUCAAGCCCGAGAACCGCCCUAUUCAUCUGCAAAAUACCGUCCUCGUCUCCCUCACCCUCAUUCUCGUCAUUGUCUCGCUCGGUGCCGCCUGGCGACAGCUAGCCAUUGAGGUGUCUAUCGACAACUCUUACAUGCGUCUCGCUCUCGUCGCGCUCAUGCCCCUGCAAAUCUUCUUCACCCUCUUCUUUGCCCAGGUCAUUGUCGGUUGCCUGGCCCAGAUCUUUGGACCCAUCCGCCAGCUCUCCGUCAACUCCAAGUUCUACUCUGCCCGCCCGCCUCCCCGCCUGACCAGCCCGAUCCUUCCUCACGUUACUAUCCAGUGCCCCGUAUACAAAGAGGGUCUCCAGGGCGUUAUUGUGCCCACCGUCAAGUCCAUCAAGCAGGCCAUGUCGACGUACGAGCUCCAGGGCGGCUCCGCCAAUAUGUUUAUUAACGACGACGGUCUCCAACUCCUCCCCGAGGAGGACCGUCACGCCCGCAUCGAGUUUUACGCCGACAACAGCAUCGGCUGGGUUGCGCGUCCCAAGCAUGGUGAAGACGGCUUUGUCCGCAAGGGCAAGUUCAAGAAGGCCUCCAACAUGAACUAUGCCCUCAUGAUCUCUUGCAAGGUCGAAGAGAAGCUUAUGCUCACCAACCGCACCCCCGACUGGAGCCAGCACGACGAAGCGCUCGCGUACGAGCAGGCCCUCAAGGAAGUCCUCGAGGAGAAUGGCCGUGCCUGGGCCGACGGCAACAUUCGCGUCGGUGACUACAUCCUGCUGAUUGAUUCGGACACGCGCGUGCCUGCCGACUGCUUCCUCGAUGCCGUCUCCGAAAUGGAACAGGGCCCCGACGUUGGCAUCAUGCAAUUUUCGUCGGGCGUCAUGCAGGUUGUCCACACCUAUUUUGAAAACGGCAUCACCUUCUUCACCAACCUCAUCUACUCAGCCAUUCGCUACACCGUUUCCAACGGUGAUGUUGCCCCCUUUGUCGGCCACAACGCCUUCCUUCGCUGGUCCGCCAUCCAGCAGGUUUCGUACCAGGACGAGGACGGGUAUGAUAAGUUUUGGUCUGAGAGCCACGUGUCGGAGGAUUUCGAUAUGUCGCUCCGUCUCCAGUGCAACGGCUACAUUAUCCGCCUCGCCGCCUGGGCCGGCGAGGGCUUCAAGGAGGGCGUCUCGCUGACCGUCUACGACGAGCUUGCCCGCUGGGAAAAGUACGCCUACGGUUGUAACGAGCUGCUCUUCCACCCCAUCCGCACUUGGCUCUGGCGCGGCCCCUUUACGCCCCUCUUCCGCAGGUUCCUGUUCUCCAACAUUCGCUUCACCUCGAAAGUCACCGUCAUCUCCUAUAUCGGCACCUACUACGCCAUUGGCGCCGCCUGGAUCAUGACGACGGUCAACUACUUCCUCAUGGGCUGGUUCAACGGCUAUCUGGACAAGUACUACGUUGACUCGUGGCAAGUCUGGUUCGCCAUCAUCAUUGUUUUCAACGGUCUUGGUAACGUCUCCCUCGCCAUUAUGCGUUACCGCAUCGGCGAGCGCAGUCUGCUCUAUGCCAUCUACGAAAACUUCAAGUGGACUCUCAUGCUCGCCAUCUUCCUCGGCGGCCUCUCCCUCCACGUCAGCCAGGCCCUUCUCGCCCAUAUGUUUGAGGUUGACAUGACCUGGGGCUCCACCUCCAAGGAGGCCGAGUUUUCCAACUUCUUCAUUGAGGUCCCCAAGGUUCUCAAGAACUUUAAGUUUUCCAUCAUUUUUGCCCUCAUUGCCAUUACUGGCAUGAUUAUCCUUGCCGUCGCGCCCUUUGUGCCCCACGACUGGCGCAUCACCGACUUUGUCGCCAUCCUGCCCAUGUCGACCGUCGCCGCCAGCCACUUUCUCUUGCCCUUUGCCCUGAACCCGGCCCUCAUGACCUUUUCGUGGUAA